AUGAAGAGAAAUAAUCUUGGUCCGUUGCUCUUUGCACUUACUCUCCAUCCUGUUGUAUUGAGCAUCACCUCCAAGUGCAAGUUAGACUUAAAUGCAUGGUACCUCGACGACGGCACCAUCAUUGGUGAUACGUUUAAAGUCUCCAAGGCCUUGGAUAUAAUCCAAUCUGAAGGUGUCCGCAGGGGUCUUCACCUAAACAUCACCAAAACCGAGUUAUUUUGGCCUACACCAGAUCAACGGAGUUUAAUUCCAGGCAUUUUUCCUGCCAACAUUGGUCGACCCUCAACUGGUGUCAAACUCCUAGGUGGUCCUGUCAGUCUAGAUUUGCAAUUCUGCAAGGAAAUGGUGAUGCAGAGAGUGACUAAAACCAUCAACCUCAUGUCAGUCGUCAAGAAGCUCAAGGAUCCGCAGAGCGAACUAUUAUUAUUGCGCAAUUGUACUGGGGUCUCCAGAUUAUACUUCACUAUGCACACAACAAAUCCCUUAACAUUGCAGCAAGCUAUGACUCACUUUGACGAUCACCUCUUUCAUUAUUUGCGACAACUUAUUACUGCAGAUGGGGCAGGAUUUGGUCAAUUGCAAUACCGCAUCGCUACCCUACCAAUCAAAUACGGAGGUCUAGGCGUAUAUACGAUGCAUGACACCAGCAAUUACUGCUACUUGGCUUCACAGUUUCAAACUCGGGCUAUACAUGAUGUCAUAUUGAAGGACAUCCCUCCUAACAGUUCAAGCUCAACAUAUCAGCAAGCCUUAGCAGCCUACAUCCAAGUUUGUGGUCUUACCUCUUCUCACAUAGCUUUGACGAUACAGCCCCUCAUUCUAUGCACUCCCUGGAUGUUUUAUACUUCGAAGCAGUGA